UUUCUCUAUUAGGUGUAUAGUUGAAAAUAUGGCAAAAAUUAAGCAGGAUUUUCUUUUAAACAUAAAACUGUGUUUGAAAGCAGAUCAUCUGUCUGCCAGUUUUUAAAUGUUGUUUCUUCAUCAAACUCGCUCACUUUUUGCAUUAUGUGGAGUUAUUUUUUGAGGACCAUGCAGUGUUUUUUCUGCUUGUAUUUAUUGUUCAUGAAUGGUGUGUUUGUUGUUGAUGGAGAUGAAGUGAAGUCAGUGUCAGUGAUGGAGGGAGAUUCUGUUACUCUACACACUGAUAUUACUGAAAUACAGAGAGAUGAUCAGAUACUGUGGAUGUUUGGACCUCGAGAGACUCGUAUAGCUGAAAUCUAUAAGAAAAGCAUUGAUAUGUAUAACAGUAAUGAGACAUUCAGAGACAGACUGAAGCUGGACAGUCAGACUGGAUCUCUCACCAUCACAAACAUCACAAUCACACACACUGGACUUUAUAAACUACAGAUCAUCAGUAACAGAGGAACUUCAUACAAGAGAUUUAAUGUUACUGUCUAUGCUCCUCUGCCCAUUCCUGUCAUCCGCAGAGACUCAUCACAAUGUUUUUCAUCAUCAUCAUCAUCAUCAUCAAGCUCAAAAUGUAUGUUUGUGUGUUCAGUGUUGAAUAUGAGAGAUGUGAAUCUUUCCUGGUAUAAAGGAAACAGUUUAUUAUCCAGCAUCAGUGUGUCUGAUCUCAACAUCAGUGUAUCUGAUCUCGACAUCAGACACUCUUUGGAGGUUGAAUAUCAGGAUAAAAACACAUACAGAUGUGUGCUGAGCAAUCCUAUCAGAUACAAAACUCAGUUCCUCAACAUCAAUCAUCUCUGUCAGAUGUGUUCAGAACUUAAGCGAUCACAUUUUAUAUUGCUGAUACCUGUUGCUGUUGUGUUGCUUGCUGUCAUAGUCGUAGCUCUGUGUGUAAAAUACUGGCACUGCAAAACCUAUAAACAAACAACAAGAGAAGCUCAGAUAAAAGAGGAAGAGAUCAUUUACACAGAGCCGAUCUUGCCACAGAGGUUUCAGCGUAAGGCUAAUGUUGAAGCAGAAGACACAGUGUACUCAUUUGCAAUGAGAUGACAAGUACAGUAUAAAAAUAAAUAACUUUAUAACUUUGACU